AUGAUCAACUUCGAGUGGCCGCACGCCGCGUACGGCGCGCCCAUCUGUUUCCGUGGCCGCGCCCCUGGCGCCCGCGACGCGUCCUCUCGUCGCGGCGUCUACGAACGGAUCGACCCCCCCGGCUUGACCGCCUGGAUCAAGCGCGCCAGGAGCUGGCACGACGUGGCUGUGCUGGUCGCGCGCUACUCGCGCCACUGCAACCACAUCCAUCUGUGUGCGGCGCUCGUCCAACUCGCCCACAUCGACGGCGGCGGCGGCGGCGGCGCGGGCGGCGAGGGCCGCUCGAGCGGCAGCAGCGUCAUAAUUGGCAGCAGCAGCGGCAGCGGUAGCGACGGCGGCGGCCUGCGCAGCCCACCCACUUUGCCCGCCGCCGCCGCCGGCGCGCCCGCACGCGCACGCCGCCCCGCCAACUGGCGGCCGUUCGUGCAGCAGCUGCUCGAGAAGCUGCAGCAGCAGCUGCCGGCGUGUGGGCCCAGGCAGCUGAGCAAUGCGGUGUGGGCAAUUGCAAAGCUCCAGCUCGCGCCGGAGCCCGAGUUUUCGGCGGCGUGGCAGGCACGAAUCCAGGAGGUGCUCAGCGCUGCCAGUGCUCGCGACGUGUCCGAGGUGCUUUGGGCGCUGGCGACCCUCCGCCUCCCGCCGCCGCCGCGGCUGCAGCGGCAGCUGCUGUCCGCGCUGCACCGCGCGACGGCGGCCGGCGACGGCGCCGGCGGCGCCGGGCGCGCGCAGGACGCGGCAAACGCGAUGUGGGCGAUGGCAGUGAUGGGCAUCGCGCCGCCGCAGGAGCUGACCGCUUCUCUUUGCCUGCUGAUGCAGCGUCAGGGGGCGCGCAGCGGUUACAGCGGUUUUGGCGGCGAUGGCGUGAAGCCCCAGGAGCUCGCGAACUUCAUGUGGGCGCUAGGCGUGCAGCACAAUCUCGCCGCGCGCGCAGCGUCCGCCGCCGCGGCGGGCCUGCUGCCCGGCUCGACCCGCGACGCCGGCGGCGCGGCCGUGACCGCCGCGAUGGCGCGCGCUGCGCCGCCGGCUCCGGCUGGAUGGGUCGACGAGCAGCUGGCCCGGUCCUCGCGCGGGCUGGCGGCGUGGGAGCCGCGGCACGUCUCGAUGGCGUUGCACGCGUGCGCGCGGCUGCGGCGGCGGCCGCCGGACGCGUGGCUCGGCGGGUGCCUGCGGGCGCUGCGGCCGCGGCUGGAUGGGUGCAGCAUGCAGGACUUGUCAGUUGUGAUUUUGUCGCUCGGCGCCCUCCGCGUCUGCCCCGUGGCCGACUGGACGGACGCCUUCCUGGCAGCUUCCCUGCAGCUGCUGCCCUCCGCCUCGGCCCAGGAGCUCACCGCCACAGCAAAGGGCCUCGCGCGGCUCCGAGUGCGGCCGGGGGAUGAGUGGUGGGCCGCGUUCCAGAUAGCUGCCUUGCCGCAGCUCGAGGCCGGCGGCUUCAGCCCGCAGGGGCUCGCGGAUGUGAUGGCGGCGCUGGCAAUGGCAGAGGCGCCGCUCUGUGAAGAUUUUGCGGCCGCCUGGGCGUCGCAGGCCGAGGGGCGCGCCGCAGAAAUGGAGCCGCGCGCGCUCGUCAAGGCGCUGUGGGCGGCCGCGCGCCUGCGGCUGCCGGCGGGCGUCCCGCUGCGGCGCGCGCUCGUCGACGCGGCGGAGGCGCGGGGCGCGCUGAGGCAGCUGCCGCAGGGGGAUCUCGUGCGGCUGGCGUGGGCGCUGGUGCGGCUGUUUGCCCUGCCGACCCAGGACCUGUCUGAUGGUCUCACACUGCAGCUCUGCCGCGCCGCCUCUGGCGGCGGCGAGCCCAGCGGCGGCGGCAGCGGCGGCUCGGCGCUGACGGGGCGGCAGCUGCUGCGCGCGGCGUGGGCGCUACCGCGGCUGCGGGUGGCGCCGCGGCCGGCGCUGGUGUCGUACUUCUCUGAGCUGGCGGAGGCACGUGCUGCCGUCCUUUGGCCGGCCGGCAGCUUCCCGCAGGGCGUCGGUGACGUCAUCGUGGACGAUGCUGACAUCAGCAGCGGUGUGGAGGACGGCUGGGUGGCGGAGGAGCUGCAGCUUGCCGCGGUGACAUGGGCGGCCCUGGCUGCGCUGCGCGCGUCAGCAGAUGCGGCGGCGGCCCGUGAAAGGGCUGGGCGCGGCGGCGACCGCAGCAGCGGCGGCGGCAGCGAGGCCAAUGUGCCCGCAGAGGCGCCGGCAGCGGACCGGCAAGCCGGCGGUACGGGCGAGGGCUGCCGCAGUCUGUUGGGGGCCGCGUGUUGA